UCAGAAGCAGGCGGCGUGGGAGCGCUUGGAGCGGUUGCGGCGCGCGGGGAGCUGAGUUCGUAAAAAUGGAAUUUCAAGCAGUAGUGAUGGCAGUUGGAGGGGGAUCUCGGAUGACAGACCUGACUUCCAGCAUUCCCAAACCUUUGCUUCCAGUUGGGAACAAACCUUUAAUUUGGUACCCAUUGAACCUGCUUGAGCGCGUUGGUUUUGAAGAAGUCAUUAUUGUUACAACUAAGGAUGUCCAAAAGGCUCUAAGUGCAGAAUUCAAGAUGAAAAUGAAGCCAGAUAUUGUGUGUAUUCCUGAUGAAGCUGACAUGGGAACUGCAGAUUCUCUACGUUACAUAUAUCCAAAACUUAAGACAGAUGUGUUGAUCCUGAGCUGUGAUCUAAUAACAGAUGUUGCCUUACAUGAGGUUGUAGACCUGUUCAGAGCUCAUGAAGCAUCACUUGCCAUGUUAAUGAGAAAAGGCCAAGAUAACUUAGAACCAAUUCCAGGUCAAAAGGGGAAAAAAAAAGCAGUGGAGCAGCGUGACUUCAUUGGAGUGGACAGCACAGGAAAAAGGCUGCUCUUCAUGGCUAAUGAAGCAGACUUGGAUGAAGAGUUGGUCAUUAAGGGAUCCAUCCUGCAGAAGCACCCUAGAAUACGUUUCCACACAGGCCUUGUGGAUGCCCAUCUCUACUGCUUGAAAAAAUACGUGGUGGACUUCCUCAUGGAAAAUAAGUCAAUCACUUCUAUCAGGAGUGAACUGAUUCCAUACCUAGUAAGAAAACAGUUCUCUUCAGCAUCCUCACAACAAGGACAAGAAGAAAAAGAGGAGGAUCUAAAGAAAAAGGAACUGAAAUCCUUAGAUAUUUACACUUUUCUGAAAGAAGCCAACACACUGACCUUUGCCCCCUAUGAUGCCUGCUGGAAUGCCUGUCGAGAAAACAAGUGGGAAGACUUGUCCAGAUCACAGGUGCGCUGCUAUGUGCACAUCAUGAAAGAGGGGCUCUGCUCUCGAGUGAGCACCCUGGGACUCUACAUGGAAGCAAAUAGACAGGUGCCCAAAUUGCUACCUGUUCUCUGUCCAGAAGAAUCACUGAUCCAUUCAUCAGCCCAGAUUGUCAGCAAACAGCUGGUUGGAGUUGACAGCCUCAUUGGGGCAGAUACACAGGUUGGAGAGAAGUCAUCCAUUAAGCAUUCCAUCAUCGGUUCAUCCUGUGUCAUAAGAGAUAGAGUGACUAUCACCAAAUGCCUUCUCAUGAAUUCAGUCACCGUGGAAGAAGGAAGCAACAUCCAGGGGAGUGUCAUCUGUAAUAAUGCUGUGAUUGAGAAGGGAGCAGACAUCAAGGACUGCCUCAUUGGAAGUGGCCAGAGGAUUGAUGCCAAAGCCAAGCGAGUAAACGAGGUGAUCGUGGGGAAUGACCAGCUCAUGGAGAUCUGACUUACCAGCAAGUCAGAUUCCGUCUUCUUGGUCCUUAGUACUACGGAUAUUGGCCGGCCCAUCUGUUUGACUCUGUAUUUAUUUCCCAAUAAAGAAGCGCUCCCAAAGGCA